GUCUCGGCUGCCAGACCUUGGCUUCCUUAACCAUGAAGGGAGUGUCCUUGUUGUGCUCUUGUGUUAUAGCACCGGCUCUUGCACAGAUUUUUGAUACUUUGCAGGUUGUCCGAGACCUACCUGAUGCAGUUGCAGUGAACGCUGGUAACUAUGUCUCGUGCGCCAAUGCUGCAUGGCCACCAUCUGAUGUCGGGUUUGAACUUAUCCCACAAGCCCCGGAUGACGAUUUGAAGGCUGCUUUGGCAGAAAUUGAUACAAGUCGGAUUGAAGCGAUCAUCAGCAAGCUCGUUUCCUUCGGGACUCGGCAUACUUUGUCUACACAGAACUCAACCACGCAUGGCAUUGGCGCCGCCCGGGACUGGAUAGCGGCAGAAAUGAGGAAGUAUGCUGAAGCUUCCGAGGGACAAAUGACCGUAACUGUACCAUCGUACAUCCAGUCAGUCGCAAAUCGGAUAUCUUUCCCUGUGAAGAUAUCAAAUAUUGUGGCUACUUUAAAGGGUUCCACAGACCCAGAUCGGGUUUAUAUAGUCUCAGGACAUUAUGAUAGUCGGGUGACUGACAUCAUGGACUAUACAUCUGAUGCACCCGGUGCUAAUGACGACGCGUCUGGCGUUGCUGUAUCGUUGGAGCUUGCUCGAAUCAUGGCAACCAGGAGACCGAAAGCAAGUAUAGCGUUCGUAGCAGUCGCUGGCGAGGAGCAAGGGUUAUACGGAGCUGCCAACCUUGCACAGAGAUAUCGUAAUGCCAGCGUGAACAUCGAGGGUAUGAUCACAAACGACAUCAUCGGGAGCUCGAGGGGCGAGCACAACAUUAGCGACCCAUAUACCAUACGUCUGUUCGCUCAGGGGCCACCUCUCACAGAAUCAACUGCUCUUGCUGCAUCGAGGCUCAGUAUCGGCGGUGAGAAUGACUCCCCAGCUCGCCAACUGGCUAGGUUCAUGGCCGAAGUCGCAUCGAAUAAUGCUACGGGCAUGAACAUCGCAGUCAUAUAUCGCCUGGAUCGAUUCCUCAGGGGUGGUGACCACUCUGCAUUUCUGCAGCAGGGUUAUGCCGGUAUAAGAUAUAGCGAGCCCAACGAGAAUUUCGACCAUCAACAUCAAGACGUUCGUGUCGAGAACGGAAUUCAGUAUGGAGACCUGGCAGAAUUCGUCGAUUAUGAGUAUGUGACACGAGUCGCGAAGGUUAAUUUGGUCGGGCUUUGGAGCAUCGCAAAUGCCCCAGGCAAAGUCAAAAAUCUAACAGUCACAACAACGACCCUGGGAAAUGACAGUGAGCUCAAAUGGCUUGCUUCUGAUAGUGAGGAUCUUGAGGGAUACGAGCUAGUGUGGAGAGCGACGACGGCGCCAAUGUGGUCACACAGUGUCCUUAUUGGGAACGUGAGCAGCGUGACUGUGCCUCUGAGCAAGGACAAUGUGAUUCUUGGUAUUAGAUCGGUCGGAAAGAACGGAUACAAGAGUCCUGCGGUGUAUCCUGGACCGAGCCCGUUUCCUGAGUGAAGACGGCCUGUUUAAAACGCUGUUGACUCAGAGAUCGGAUAUCUCGAUGCAAGAUUUAGUACAGGCUAGACUAGCCGUCCUAAAAGAUAGAACGUAUAUGUUUCGUAUAUUCCUGGCUCGUGGCGUCUUCGUCUUUGUCAUCCUACUUCGGACUUGACUGACCUCGGACUUAAAGCGCCAAUCGGAGAAAGCCACUUCAGAGUCAUCAACGCCGAUGGAGGACGCGAGAAUGUAUGUAGCAAUCAUUCUUCGAAGAAGUGCUGAGUAGGAUCUGAUGGUAUCUCGUAUGAGAGAUUGAUGAAAAUAAUGAGUGGUACAGUGACAGAACACAUGUCGAGAUGAUUGGAAGGGCAAAAGUCAAAGACAAGCCCUUUGACCCUAAGGGGCCGUGCUUUCUGGUCUCC